UUGAAUGCAGCAGUGUGUAGUCAUGCCCUUCCAGGAAGAAGAGGAGAACUUGAAGACACGCCUGGUCUUUCCGUGGGAUUCCCCUUCUUGAAUCACUUUUAAACAGGAAAAAGGGGUAAAAAGGCCAAGAAAGGGGAAAAUCCUUUCAUCCCCGGCUACAGCUACAGCAUCUGUAUACCAGAAUGGACACCCAAGAGGUGGGGGAUUACCUGCAGGAGUGCCUCGGAGCACUGGCAGCAGCUCAACAGUCCACCCAGCCCACUGAGGCAGAGAGGCUGAACUACUGCAGCUGCAGAGACUCGCUGUGUGCGGAGCUUGCCACUCUCCUACAGGAGGCAAUGGAUUUGAAAUGGCCCUUUGUGCCGGAGAAGUGGCAGUAUAAGCAGUCAGUCAGUGCCGACGACAAGACCAACCUCAGUGACCUCAUCAGCAAGCACCUAUCCCAGCUCCUGGCUGUUCUAAAGGCUUCCAUCUUGUCUCUGGAAGCACGCACGGCACUGGCGGUGGUCUUCUUAGUUGACCGCUUCCUCUACUGGACAGACGAAUCCAUGCGGCUGCUGAAGAUCACCAAGCUGCUCCACAGACGCGAGCCUGAAGCCCCUGUAGCCCCCCAGCUGGUCAUACGGCAGGCCAGAGUCUACUUUAACUCCGGCAAACUACAGAAGGCAGAGUUCAUUCUGAGCAGUCUGAUUAACAACAGCGGUGCCACUGGUUAUUGGGUGUACCACUCUGAAAGUGACAGGGCUCUUGUGCAGGCUGUUAGUGUUCAAGUACGUGGGAUGAUUUUGCAAAAGCUAGGCCUGUGGCUAGAGGCUGCAGAGCUAAUCUGGGCCUCUCUGGUUGGCUACUACGCACUUCCUCAACCUGAUAAAAAGGGCAUUGGAACCUCUCUUGGCAUUCUGGCCAACAUAUUGGUGUCUAUGAAUGAUGAGGACUACCAUGCUUUUAGAACUAAUACAGAUAUCGAUUUGUCUUUACUUGGAGACAGGAGUCAUCGUCUCCUUUCAGCAGCACAGGCAGCUAAGAUGGCGGUGGUGUACAGCCAGUACACUUCCCUCUAUGUGUUGACCAAUGUGGCAACUCAAGGGACCUGCUUGUUAUCGUACAAUUUCUCAGUAGAGUGUCCUGCCUCUCAACGUCAGUCUUUCCUCCUGCAGGCCAAAGAGGCAUUUUCAAUUGGCCUGCUCACCAAAGCAGAGGGCGAUCUGGUCACCAGCAAGCAGGAGCUUCACACCUUCCUGAAGGCUGCCUAUUCUCUCACUGUUGCUCACAAAUGGCUCGGCACUCCUCCGAAGGUUGUGGGGCAGGCGACUCAAGCUUGCCAAAAAGCUUUAGCAAGUUUCUAUGAUUACUGCAAUGCAGAUAUCCAAGACAAAGAUAGCCUAUGUGCUGAAAUCAUGCAACUUGUCACCCAAGUCAAGAUUCUAUUGCGAGUGGAGCCUUUCCUUAAUUCAGACAAGGGGUCUUUUAUCCCCGACAGCUACAGAGACAUCAAAGACACAUUGGUCAGUUUUACUCUGGAAGGCUUUGCCAAGGUAAUGCAGAGGUUCCAAAAGUAUCAUGCAUCACUGUGUGAGACAACCAACACAAACUGUAAGAGGACCAAGGACGAGAUAGAUGAGGCGGGGUUAUGCAUAACUGCAAUGGGGACAACCGUUGGUACACUCAACACAGAAUGUUGCACUGAGGCCUGCAAAGUCCCAGCCAAAGGAGAGGAGCCACAACAGAGGGGUUCAAAAUCAUCUGCUGUGCACCCACCUCAGAAGUCAGACCCUUGUGCCACUCUAGGAAGCACAGAUAACCUUGGCUCUUCAUGGCAUAAUUUCUCCCUGAGCAGUUCAGGGUCUCCUAGGCCCAGCAGUAGCGGCUUCACGGGAAGUAGUGCUGUUGAACGUGAAGCAAAUGCACGCAAUCAGAGCUGUCUGACCACUGAGGUUGAUGACGAUUUGUCAGACAGCAUGCUUCAUUUCAGAAAUGUAAAGAAGUCUGCAGUCAGUUCCCCCACUGUUCCAAGACCUGGAAUACUGGCCACUUCCUCUUCCAAUUCAAGUGGGGAUUCAGAGAAGUUUGAGGUGAUACAAGCUGGAAUAGAGACACUGGGCACUGGGGAGGAUUGGAUGACUGACUUUGGUGCGGCGCCGAAACCGUCAGCAACUGAGGGAGCACCACAAUCUUUAUCCCAGCUAGCUCUUCGAACAACCUCCAGCUCGCUCAACGACAGUUUUGGUUCCCAGUCGUCAUGGGAAAAAAUUUCAGUUGACCAGAACUCUCCCACAAACAGAAAACCUCAGCCAAGCAUCCCAUCAAAAGCAGGAACCAGCCAAAAUAGCAAGUCACCAGAGUCUGAUAGGAGCUUCUUCCUCUUGGAAACCGUUGAUUCUGAAACCAAUGAUUCAGCUCAUGAUCUCACGCACAAAAACCACAUGUCUGGAAGAGAAUCCAGAGACUUGUUCAAGCCACGACCUCUGGAGAGCCUUAAUGUUGACCCGAUCAUGCACAAUGAAGUUGACUCAGUAUCUGUAAAACCUGACACAAAGAACUCUUUAGCGACCCCAAACCCAAACUUUUUCCAGUUUGCCCAAGAACAAUGUGCUUCCACUGAAACCUCCACAGGGGGUUCAUUUGAGAUGCUGGGGGAACAUCAAAGUGGAGACCAUCAUGCUGAAGUUACUUCAUCAGAAAAUGGGAAUGCCCCUCAGAUGAAGAACCCCUCGUGCUACAGCUGCCUAAAGCACAGCACUGUAGCUGAUGAGCCAGAGAGUCCGUAUUUGUUAUCACAGCAGGAUUACCAAGCCCUACUGGCUGGAGUUUGCCACGAAUGUCUGCUGAAGAGACUUCAUAGUGACAAGACACAAUUCAAACUUAAGACACACAGAACUGCACACAGUGCUCUUCAUUUAAAGUUCUCCAAAGCAACAGGACUGUGGACAGCCAUGGAGACCUGUGCUUACAUCGGGAAGCCGAUGGGGAUGGAGGGGAAGCAGAGAGCGGCAAUAUGGGUUCAGUUUUUACACCAGGAGGAAAGGUUAAGCAGGUAUGCAGCUGCACAUUCUAGGGACAACCUGAACCUGAACAUAAUUAUUUUUUUAGUUUCUUUUUUUCUGUGUAUUCAUGUCCUUAGUUAUGUGGGGAAAGACUACCUGAAGCCAAAGCAGAUCCAGUUUCACCUGAAAGAUGUGGAGAGACAGAUGACAGCCCAGCACUAUGUGACUGCGUUCAACAAGAGUCUUUACGACAAGGAAGUGAUGGCUCAGAUCUUCUUCAUUCCCUCAGAAGCACUGUUGAUUCUGAAUGGGAAUGAGAUUGUGGGCUGUGUCACAGUGGAGCCAUACAUGCUUGGAGACUUUGUCAAACUGACCAACAACACUGGAAAGAAGGACAAGAGAUUCCAGGCUACAGAAUAUGGCCUUGCCUUUGGACACUUUACCUACCUGCUCUCUGACUGCCAGGAAGUUGUUGUAGACUUGCAAGGGUGGGUGACAGCCAAUGGCAAAGGGCUGACCUACCUUACUGACCCCCAGAUUCACUCCACCAAGACCCCCAAAGGCCCCUCUAACUUUGCUGCCAGAGGCCUCAGGUACUUCCUGGAAGAGCAACAUGGGCCAGAAUGCAAUGUCAUUUGCCAACUGCUCAAACUACCUCCAGUGUUUCAGCAGCUGAAUGUUCUGCCUCAGAAACUUUGAGGAGUUGCCAAUGCUGAGUGUUUUUUAUAAAAGUGUUUGUAUUCAUAAUUAAGUGAUCAAUGAAUAGCAACAAUGUAGCAGUGCAGAGUAAAAAUCCACACAAUUAAAGUUAAUCUGAAGUGCUUAUUGUAUAAAAGUUAUUGGCAUGUUUAUAAAAAUUUGAU